AUGCUGCAUUUUAUUCCGGCAAAGGCAUCUUUGCGGUGUGGGGGUGAUGGAAAGUCAUGUUUAAGCAUCCCACCAGCGUGGCUUCAAGGGUCUUCUAAGUCAUCUACAUUUUCUUCUACAUGCUCACCCCGUUUCUAUUCUCCAGGGGCAUGCACGAUGGGGAGUGCUUCCAUGCAAGUGGAGCAAGGGUGUGAAAUUCCUCCUGGCUUCUAUUUUGAGCGACUUGUAGGAAUGGAGUUUAUUGGCUCCUCGUAUACAUUAGGGUCGCUUCAAGAGGCAGUGUUGGCGUUCAUUCGGUCGGAGCAAAUGGGUGCGUUGGAUGCGGCAGCGUUAGAAGCGGCAUCGGCAUCAUCGCCAUCAUCUUCAGCCGGUGAAUUAGAUGGGGGCGAGGGUGGGGAGACGUUAUCGGUGGUAUAUUUCAUGGUACUCCUUGUUGCCUCUUGUAAUGGGAAGGACACAUCCAUUGAGGCGGUACGGUGUGCCUUCUACGGCCCGGAUGAUGCUCAGGAUGAGACGCACAGCAGCAGGUUGCCUGGUGAAGAUGCAAACGAAACGGAGUCCCCGCCCUUUUUAAAGUUAGAGGCGGAGUACACGGACCGGGAUCCGGAUCUCUUACUGCAGUAUCUGUGGGAUCAACUGCACAGCGAGACACAGUCAAUGUGGUGUGGGGCGGGGUGCACUGUUCCAUCUCCCACUGCGGCAUCGACAUCGUCCUCAUUUCAAAUUAUUGACCGGACGCUGUUGCUGCUCCGUGCAGGUGUGCUGGAUAUUGUGCAGGCAAGUCUGACAAUGUCACCAUCAUGCAUGCCAACUUUAACAGGAACCACAGUUGCAACAAUGCAGAAGAAAAGGAGAAGGAGGAGGGGAGGAAUGACAGAAAAGGAAAAGGGAGUCCGUGAGUCAAUGAAGCAGCCUGCAUUUUCGGCCUUGAAGACGGUGUUGGAUGGAAACAGUCAUAAUAAUACGGUUGGAGAGUUGGGAUUUUCUCGGUUGUGUGCGGAGGUACCGAAGGCGUUUCAUCAUGGGCUGAUGUUGUCCUUCACAGAGCGGUUGGAUGCACGAUUGGCGUCGGUAGCGAUGCCAGAUGGGGGGCGACAACACGAACGACGCUCCUUUGCGAGCCUUCGACGAUUUCUGCAGCGUCAACAAAAGCAAAUGGAUACCGCCGCUGCCUCGGCUUCUGCUUCUGUUACUUCUGCCUUUCCUUCUAAUAGAAGGACGUUUCCUAUGAAUAAUACCUCUCCUCCUUUUUCUGUCACAGAGGAGGCGUUGAGUUUGGCCCCAUACCGUUACUUUGUAUGGUUGCAUGUUGUUGGAACGGAUAUUUUUUACGAGGCAACCGUGACGGAGAAAAUAAGUGUCCCACUCCCCGCACGUCAAAAGUGUGCCCCGACAGCAGCCGCACCGGUGGCGGCGUCGGUUUUCAAACGAACUAAAUCCGCGACAUCUCACAGUAGUUGUAGUGGCACAAGGGAGUCUGCUGCAAUGUGUCCAGAGGAAGCGAGUGUCGGGGGGGUGGAGGAAGAAGAGAGAAUUGAGGAAGAAGAUGGUCCUCUUGGGCGACCGCCUUCAUCCCUCCCCGCACUGCUACCAGUUUCCGUGGGUCACGAUGAUACGCCUCUCUGCGAUGAGGCGAAAAUUGCCGUCAUGUCGCUUCCAGCGAAUGCCUUUUGUCAGAUGGGAUAUUUUUUAAAACGCAAAAAAACCGAUCUUGUGAAGGAAAAGAAAGGAAGAAAGUUAAUCACCACGUUUCACUGGAUCUCCGCCUGUGACUACGCCAAGCAAGGCCUACAGGUGAAGGAGGUAUCGUAUGUACAGGAGGGAGACACGAAGAAUAAUCCAGGGGCGUUUUUUUUCGCAGAGCUUAAAGGAGGGAAACGCCACCAGAAACAUGCACGUCGACAGGAGGAGCGGUCAGUGGGGUCAUCCGCCUCCGCCGGUGCGGGCCGGUUUGGAACGUUGGAGGUGCGCUCGGCCGCGCAAUGGAGCUUGGCGCAUUACCCGCAGUGGCACCACUGGGAUCCCGUGACUCAGAGGCUCUCUUUUUGGGCGGCCUUUCAAACGUACGAUAAGCUGCGUAUCGUUGUCUUCAACGGACAUCCCGAUCGGCGUUGCUGUGAGUUUGAGCGAAAUCUUCCGCGGCGGCGUCAGACGGUGUCUUUUUCUUCCACUACCGCCACUCCAAGUUACCACACACGGCAUGAUGAUACCGCGGAUGCGGCAAUAACGAUGCAAGUUGCCGUGGAGCGUGGCUUUGGUGUCUCUGGCAGUUCAUGUGAUGUGCAUCGCAGUGCGGCUCUCGGCGGUGGGGCUACGUUGUUGGAGCCGUGGGGCACGGCGUGCUGUUCCACUCUUUCGCGUAUUCACAUGAAUCUUCUGCCCGUGCAGUAUGAGGAUGGAAUUCGGGAUUCCGUUUUGUGUGAGCAGCUCUUCCUCUCACGCGUCUCCUACCCCGUCUCCUCCUGCACCUUGCCAUUGGCUGUGGUCGAUAUGUCGACGGAGACGUCGAAGUGGGGUCUGGAUACCUCCCCACGCGUGUCAACGAGCGCUACCAACGGCAUUGACGACAGGAACGACCGGAGUGUGAGGGAACAUAACCCGUUGAAAUUACGACCAGACGGUGACGUGCAUGUUGGAAUGUCGAGAUAUGACACCAGGCUAUCUAGUGGAGAAGAAGUACCACCGCCGACGCGACCACGCACGGCGGUGACCCCCGCAUCAACCAUUGAAAUUGGUCCACCUGUAAUACUUUGCAUGAUUACGGCACUUCGUAAUCAAGUGGAUGCGGUGAAGGUCACCAUUCCACUCACAUAUGAAGAGCGUUGCCGUGUCACGUAUGACACGCGUGUGACAUUUCUAUUUAUGAAGGGUAUGAUUGUGAUUUAUUUGCCUGGUGUCUUUGUUCAUUAUGUUGAUUUGCAUCAUAAGGAUACACCACCGCGUUAUUUAUUUGGAGUACAAUUGAAUCAUCCGGCUUCAUUAAGGAGAGAGGCACUUUUUACCAUGAUAAACACCAAUGUUACGGCCACAUCUGCUCCCACACCACUGGUGACGUAUCUGCCGGUUCCAUUUGGCCAUUGGUUGUAUGUACCCGGCACGGCGAUGCUUUUUGAGGUUUCACUUCACCCGUCCGCCGUGUGGGAAUUUAUACGACGUUUGUUAAUACGUCGUCGAUUGUGUCGUGAACGGGCGAGUGAGUUGUUUACGACUGGCGUUUUUUCCCCAUCACAAGGAAGAGAAGGAGAAGAAGAAGGGAAAAAUGAUGGGAAUUGCUACAUCAACGAUGGGAGCAUCGUUCAGUACUUUGGGUGGUCAUGCCAGACGUCGGAUUCACCCAGUUUAGGCGAUCGAAUACAAACACAGAGGGCCUCACCUGCGCCAUAUGUACUGCCCACCGCACAGGACGACACUCUCAUGGAUCCCGCCAUCUUUGCCACUUUUCUUCAACCGGCCCCAUUGUAUUCUGCCUUGCAUGUCGCUCUUACGCAUCUCAAGCCAUCACGCGAGGGUGACGACGAUCACUUUAUUCCAUCUUCUCCACUGUCAUCAACUUCACCAAGUUGCCGUCAUGAAACCGCGUCGAGGUCAAACCCCCGCUCCCAAUUGCCUGCGUCAUCGCAUCUGGGGUGGGAGGAGGUAUGGGCGGCGCGGGAUGCGCAGCUUGAAAAGAUUUUUUCCACUUAUCUUUCCAUGGAUAUAUGGCGGGAAAUAUCCGUGGAAUUAAUUUCAACGUUAGUCAUUAGUGAGGCAUAUGAACGUACACGUGCUGCAUGCCGUUGGCCUCUAGUACAAGUGUGGAAGAAGGAAAUGACGGAAGACGGCACAUCUAGGCGAGACGCAUCUACUUUCAAUACAGCUUCUGUGGGUGUAUGUAAUCCAUGCUAUGUCUAUUUGCCAAUAUGGGACCCCGCGGGUCUUGAGGCGGAAGAGGUGCAUUAUCGUCGUGAGGUGGUUUCUUUUUAUAAUGCCUGGCGCCAGCUACAACAGCAGCGGCAAAAACAUCAUCAACAACGAGAGCAACAGCAGCAGUAUGAGGAAGAAGAAGCGGAAAUGAUGCCUGCGACAUCUGUUGGUGGUGUAUCAUGCCAUUGUGGGUUAGGUUCUGAGUACACAGGUUGUGUGAGGGAGAAGAGUGUACCGUUGGGAGUGAACAUCGCCCCAUCCUCACCUCUUUCCACUCCAACUCUCACAAGAGAAACGACACCAGGCAUUCAUUCAGCAUCGGUAUCGGAAUCACCCUCGCAUUGGCCUAAGAGAAAUCCACCUUGCGCGUUUUGCGAUCCAUUUAAAAGCAACACCUUAUUUCCAUUUGUUGCAUCACCGCGCUUUAUGAUGCGGUCUAUGGAGCGACGUACCAGGCAAAAUCGACGUCAAAUAGAAGGGGGGAAAAAGGCAGCCAUUCUCUCUUCACUUCUGGUGCAUUCAAUGAGUUUUCGUGGAGCAGUCGUCGCAAAACAGCAGUGCCACAACACUCUUCCUGAAUGGUGGGUAGUCCACGGUAUCUGUACGCAUCCUACGCCCUCACGUUUACUGCGCAAGGCCCCGCAUUUGCAACUGCUGUUUACAUCUUACUACACGUUGGACGAUGACACCCAUUCAAAGGGCACGUCUCUGCUUCAUUGGAUAAAAGAUACUUUUAGGAACAAUCAGGGCAACAAUUCCCCCAGCGUGACAGCCAACGCAAUGCGUUCCGCUCCCUCAUGUGCUUUGGUUUCACUGGCCCCGGUGGGACGUAUAUCGUUGCCUGCAUUUUCUCCAGUCACCCUUGUGGGUAAUGAAACGAUUGCCUGCAGUUCAAACGAAAACGUCAGCGUAUGCAACAACAACAACAACAACGGCAGCAGCAGCAACAGCAACAACAACAACAACAACAACAACAACAACAACAGCUUUGUACGAGACAUUCAUAUUGCCACAAACCCUACUAGCCAUUUAUCAUCAACAAAUCCUCGUGUGUCUGCCGGUUCAAGCCUCCGAAAAGGCAUAUGGAGGAGCGACAAUUACUCCGUUAAGUUUUCGUAUGCGACACCUCCACAUGCACAGAAAACGGAAUCCAGUGGCGGCGGGACACCUCAAACAGGCAGUGCAGCGCCGUACGCGGCAUCACAAUCACCGCCAUUCGUUGGUUUACCGUCAUUUGAGCGGGUGAAACGAGUACCUUUUGAUGGAUUGUCCUGUGGGAUGCCGUUUUUAGAAGCCGUGCUGGAGCAGCUUCGUGUUUUAUUGAAGGCAUGCCCCAAUGGACACGCAUCGCGGUUAUCUUCCGCUGGGAUGCAGCGAUCAAUGGAGCAGGAAUCGCAGCGGCAGCAUCACGUUGGGGGAUCACGACCUCGUAGCUUAGAGACAGUGGGAGAGUCACGCUUUUUGAUGCCCGCCUUUGAGUCUUUGUUUGCAUCGUUGUUGACGGCCUGUGCGACGUCGGCCCCAGGUACAGCGCCAUACCUGGAACUUUUGGCAUUAUUUUACGAUGCAGCUGUCGCAUCGGUCGUAAAUGCCCUAGUGCGUAUUACAAAUGCUCCUCUUUCUACUUCGUUGGCUAAUUCUCCUGCGGAGGCUUCCUUGACGUUGAAUCCGGCUCUUGGCUGCGUUGAAGGGGCUUCGAAGGCGGUGAGAGAUUCGUCCGAAGUGUUGUUGACACGCUGGGUUUUUGGGCAGAGACUUGCAUUGGCGCUAGAGCGUCUUGGGAUGCCGCCUUCGUCCGAUCUUGUGGAAUACAUCGCACGUGAGGGGUUACAUCAUUUUCCCACGCGUACAUUUAUUGCUGGGCAAAGCUGCGGUGCAUUUGAUGGGGUGGGCUUGGCAUCGUUGUUGCGCCAGCAGCCAUCCCUGGGGUCUUUGCUGCAUGAGCAGGUGGUCUCGUUUGCGCCGCGGUUGAGUCAUGAUUUGGGCCUCUUUUCACUGCACGCCUCACGCUUCAUGCGCGAAUCUGCGACACCCACGGAGGAAACGGUCUUGUCGGAGACUAUUCUAAAGGCGCUGUGUUGCGGCGUCACCACGGACCGCACUGCGGCAAGGCCCUCGCACAGUUCGACCGGCUACAGUGAUAGUGUCUCUCCCAUCCUUGCGUUACAGCCCUCAUAUGCGCCCCAUUUUCAACGGCGUAUGUUGUUUUCUCACCUUGUCAUGAACACAUCCAUGACGCCCCAACAAGUGGCUCUUGAGGGGAACGUUGCUAUGGGGACUUUCUCUCAAUCCUCAAUGUUGUGUGAGCAGAAGCGGCAAGUUAUGGCCGCCUUGGACCCUGGACCUUACAUACAGCAAGGGGAUGAACGGAGCAUCCCUCUUGAAACGGAAUUUGUAUCUUCUUUUUUACCAUUUCAAUGGUGGUGGAAACAAAAACGAAGGCACAUGAAUUUUCCGAUUGCUAUGAAUAUUGGUGACAAAAGGAAUACCUGUACUAAUUCCAAAAUUAGUAAUAGUAAACCUUUCCUCACUAAUGCCGCAACAACAGCAUCAACAAUACCCGUAUUUUCUUGCACACCAUUCUCAACUUCUACAGUUACGAAUACUUCUGCGGGUAGUUAUGCUUAUAAGGGGCCCGACAGUAUGAAAGCCACUGAAUUUUCCAGAAUGGCGAAAGCAGAAGGAUGUGUGAAUGAAGUGAGGCAUGAGAUUGCACCUUUUGUGGCCACGCCAUUGUCAUUUUCAACGGAUAUAAACUUUCCGAAACUGUUACGGUCCCCUACCCAGACAUCUUUUGCAGGGCCGACAAACGACGGCAGACAAGAACCAGACAUGCUGAAAGGUGCUUUAUCUUUACUGACAUUGACUGAGGCGGAUUCGGAGCGGCGUGACACGGGCGACAGUGGGCUUUUCCGCACACAAGAGGAAAUGGAAGAAAAUAAAGCGGCAAUAGCCGUCAUGGCAAUCCUUCCAAAAAUGCUUGCCGCAACACCGCUUGGGCGCAUGGUUGCGAUGGGAAGAGCAAAGGCAGCCAUGGCUGUCGUGCUUGACCCGUUCUUUAAGGAAGAUUGA